AUGUCUUUUGUUACUCGAUUUACCGCCCGUCAAUCCAGCAUCGUGGCGAGGAAUGCUCUCGUUGCAUCUCAUUUUGCUCCGCUUUCGACAACUGCUGUAAGGAGCAAAACCGUGGCAGAGACCACAAAGGACACUCUUGAUACCGUUAACAAGAAAGUUGGUAAGGGUCUUGCGUCUGCAAUUGAGGGGACUGAGACGGUGGUCAAGAAGACGAAGGAAGUCCUCAUAAAUCCGAAUCAACAUUCAGGAGGUAAAACCGACCAGGCAAAGGCAAAGGCACAAGAGGCUGCCGGUCAAGCAAGUCAGAAGGUAAACCAAACGACCGCUGAAGCUCAGCAGAAGAAAGAAGAAUUGCUCGGAAAGGGCAAGUCCCACUAA